UUUAGAGGUGGCGAUGAGAAAUGGAGUUGUCGGGAUACGUGGACGUUUACGUAGGCGAUGUACGGCAUCCUUGAACGACAGUCAGAUCUGUUACAGCGAAGAGGAAGCACCGAUCAUCAAGAAAGAUUUAAAUAGGACAGUCACUCCGCAGCGUUUUUCGCGUGUGUCUCGAAGUGAAGUUGUUGGAGAUCAGGACAGUUUUUCUCAACGACACCAUUUUUCUACGGACUUUGCAGAGGACAAGGAUGAUGCUAAUAGUGGGCAGUAUUUGGUAAAGCGGAAAUUUUAUAUCGUCGCUGAUGGUGGGAUUCCAUCAGAAUUGUAUAGGACGGAUUUAUUGCACAAAAUGAAACAAGAAGAGGAUAGCGACGCAUCAUCAGAUGAUGAAACGGCAUUUGUAUCAAUGAGUGAUCGUUGGAAAGAGGAAUGGAAUCAUGGUGUGCAAGUCCCCUUGUCAAAGAAGUUGCCAGAUUUUGUUGUUCGCCACUCUCCGUGCUCCUCAUCUGUCGUUUCACGGGUGCGGCCACGAGUUUCUUUGAAAAGGCAUGGUUCACUGAUCUCAGUUCAUGAUCGUCGAUAUACUGGUGAUAAACACAAACAUAUAAUUAUGCCGAAAUUACGUAAUUAUCAAGCAGAUCGACGUGAUCGUGUAUAUCUAUGCAAAUUAAAUGAAAAACGAAUUGCCGUUGGAUUGCCAGCAAUAAGUGAAAAGAUUUUCGGCGAAGUUAUAGAUAAACUGGAAGUUUCUUGCUGUCAGGCAAUACAUAGCGAUCUCAUAUCAUCUGUUGCUUCUCCUAUAGCUUCUGCAGACGCAGAGUUUGAUGAAAAUGUUUGCUGUGAUAUAUGUCGUCAGCCGGACUAUGAAGAAGAUGAUAAAAUUAUAUUUUGUGAUGGUUGCAACGUGGGUGUACAUCAGUCUUGUUACGGACUGGAUUCUGUCCCGUCAGAUGAAUGGCUUUGCCAGAAGUGCAUGCUUCUUGGGUACAAUGCCCUUCCUCACUGCGCGCUGUGUCCGCUUUCGGGAGGAGCAAUGAAAUGUACAAGAGAAGGUGACACAUGGGCACAUGUUGUUUGCGCUCUUUGGAUUCAUGAAGUGCGUUUUGCGGAUGUUGUUCAUCGUGAACCAAUAGGGAAUAUUUGCGACAUACCUUAUGGGCGGUGGAAGCUCAGAUGUUCGAUAUGUGGGACGAAACAAGGAGCUUGUAUUCAGUGUUCCAUAGAAGCGUGUACAACUGCUUUCCAUGUGUGCUGUGCACUUCGCAGUGGACUGAUAAUGCGCAUAGAGCACGAUAACGAUAGUGGCAUUGAUGACAACAAUGAUGAUGAUGAUAAUGUUCGCAUGGUUAGCCUCUGCAGGCAGCAUUCAUUGGAGAAAAUGUUUCAUUCUAACUUGAAGUUUUGCAACCCAGAUGCUUUGUGUGCAACUGCAUUGACGCUACAAGAAAUGGAACGCAUGUUUUUUUUGUAUGUAUCUGUGGAAAGUAUCGCGGCCAUGCUUUCACUUAGCGAAGAUAUGGUUUCGGAUAUUUAUGAAUACUGGAAGUUGCGUCGUAUUGAUAAUGGAUACAAAGCACUGCUGAACGAUAAAUCAGAGGUUGAGCGACAAAUAGCUCUUCGUCUGCGUUCGUCCCCCUUUGCUGUUCUCCCCGGUAGACAACGGAACGAAGCGGCAAUACGACAGAAUUUAGAAAAGGCGAGGAAUUUAUGUUAUAUGGUAGAAAAACGAGAGAAAACCAAAUUGUGUGUAUUGCAAUGUUGGAUCGAUACAUACAGAUGUGUUUAUCAGAUGUUGACUGAAAAGAAUGUUCCUUAUAGCAGUAGAGUCUUGAAACGAUGCAUUCAUGCGGUGAGCUCGAUGCAGCAAACAUUAUCAGAUUCGGAUGAUGUUGUCGUUUCAUCAGAAAGUUCUCUAGUUCCAUCGCCUUCGAAGUCGCAUUGGUCGACAAGAUCGCCAUCUCCUCCUCGGAAACAGUUGUCAGCGGGCAAUCGCAUUCGCGAAAGAAAUGGAUUGUCGCAUCAUUUGCGAAAGCAUGCCAUACAGAAGGUUCUUUUCGCUGCAGACACGUUUAUCAAGAAUUCCCAACAGUCGUUUACAUCGGGUCAUUAUAGUUUGCGGGCAUAAUUUUAAUGAAAUUUUUGUUUAUUAGUUUUCCUUUGUUUGCUUAAGUUUUUAUCCUGUGAAUUUUGAGAUUUCGCGAUAACUGAAGUUGGUGUUGU